CUGGCAGGGCUUCCUUCUCGUCCUCAUAUCGCCUGUCCUUCUCUGUAUCGUCUAUACGCCACCUUCAUUCACAGCAUCAACAGCAUCAUCAUCAUAACGACAUACUAGCGCGCAGAAGAGCAUCUAGCUUCCGCCGCCAUCAUGGCAACCGUCCGUGAUGGAAUGCCCAUCGUGAUUCGCGGGCCUGAGGCAACUGCAAAGCGCUACUUCACUGCCAUGCCUCGUACCCUUGAUACCCUCCUCCUCAAAGCACGCUCCCUCUUCCCCGUCCCGCCAGGUUAUACCCCCUACAUGACCCUCGAGCAUGACGAGAAUGCCGUCAUCCUCGAAGAUGCUCUUCCCUUCAUCCGCGAGCGUGAAGUGUUGGUGUUCAGAUGGAGCCCAGAGACGCCCAGGAAGAGCUCAGGAAACAGGGUCAGGUGGGAUAGUAGUGUCGAGAAGGGAGGUGAAGGAGACAAGGGGAACGCGUCCACGACGUCAGGGUCGCCGCCGACUACGAGCUUCAACAGGCGCUCAGCUGCGACUGCGUCCGAGGAAUCUGCAGCUUCGUCAUCGUCAUCGUCAAGCGGCGCACAGGCAACACCUUCACGCGGUGCGGCGGCGCGAGCUGCCCAUGCCAAGCGCGUUUUGGAGGAGCAGAGACGCUUGCGCGAGGAGGAGCGUCGGCAGGAGGAGGAACUAGAGGCAAAGGCGGUGAAAUUGCGAGAGGACGAGAGCAGGAGCAAGGCCGAGCAACAGGAGCGCGACGCUGCCUCGACAUCCGUACAAGUCCAAGCUCUCGCCACCGCUCCUUCCGUCACCCGCCCAUCCGAUAUCAGUGCGAUCACGGCGUCAGACCUCGAGGCCUCCGGCUCUUCGCCACCGCCCUACUCAUCUCCCGAAGACGGCCUCCUCACCGCGCUCAAGAAGGCCGCUCAAGCCACUGCAGCAUCCACCAAAGAGACAACUCCCGAGAGAGAGGAUGUGCACAUCGACCCUCCCUCCUCUCCCCUUGUCGCUAGCCCAACUCGAGCCGUUCACGCUGCAGUCGCAAAGGCUGCUAUGAGCCCGCACGACGAUGCUGAUGGAUCGCGACUGGUGGCUGGUAGGAGCCCUUCGGCUGAUCACGGGCGUGAUGAUGUGGAUGCGACGCCGACCAAGAAGGCUUCGCCAUCCCUGCCUGCGGAGGAAGGGGCAGAUGAGACCAUUCGCACUCCGCUGGCUGUAAUCGACUCCACCAAGCAAGUGACGUCCGAGCCAAGCCAACAGAGCGAGGCGUAUCAGACCAUGAAGUCAGUCCUCAACAGCCUGAGCAGCCAUCCGAGCGCGACCACACUCCUCUCCCGAGGCGGCACAAGCAAUUCACCUUCACCGUGCGCCACUGAAUGGUCCGCUAUCCAAGCCAGAAUCUCCAGCGCCGCUUACGACAGCACUCAGCCCCUGGAAGCCUUCAAGGCUGACCUGUCCUCAUUCUGGCGCCACACAAGGGAUGUCUGUGGCGCAAAGUCUCAGCAAGCCGAGUCUGCCGGUGUGCUGGAGCGCUUCGCUGCUGUCCUGCUUGCAGAGCACAAGCUGCCUACCGCCGGAGCCGCGCGCGGCGGAGCGAACACAAAGGAGGAUCGACGCAAGGCUGCCGCAGCGCUGAUGGCUCAAUGGAACAGGGCGACAAGCUCCAGCAACAAAAAAUCGCCCUCCGGAGCCGUUCUCUCAUCAUUGUCCCCUCCCCCUCUUCCAUCUCAACAGCGCGGGUCUAAGCGUCCGGCUCUCCUGUCCACCUCUUCGGAGGACAGCCUCUCCUCUGCUGCCACAAGCAGCAGCGCGAAGCGCGUAAAACAGUCUCUGCCAUCGUUCAUGACCAACAAGAACCAUCCGGCUUGGAUGGUAAAGCAGCGAGCUACGAGCGGUGGGACUGUAUCUGCUCCUCAGAAGGCUAAGAGCAAAGAGCCGGACAUGAGCGCUUUUCAUCGGGCAAUGAUGGGGAUGGACAAGCAGCCCGUGCUUCAGCAGCCUCAGCCGCAGAACAUCAGACCGCAGGCUAGUGCGACAGCGCCUGCUGAGCCGUCAAUGCUUCAGGCGAGCGAGAGGUCGGUCUCAGAGGCGCAUUCGGGUAUUUCCGCUCCAGCAGACGAGCGUGAGGCCGAGCAGCAGUCCGCUGCCGAUGGCACUGAGCCUCCGCAAAAGGAGGCCACCAUGAUCUCCUCGCCUGUAGAAGAGGCCGUCGCUGAUGUGACGGAACAAGCAGUCGAGGACACGCCCGUGAUGGAGGGCAUCCACGCCGAGCAAGCAGGCGCUGUCGCCGACGUUGAGGGGGAGCCGCAAGGCGAAGGUGCCGCCGGUGCUCCGACCGUUGAGAAGGAGGAUGUUCCACAUCAUGAGCACGAGCCCGGGCGUGUCGAGACUCUUGCAGAGGCCCAAGACGAGCCUGCAGCAUCGCCUUCUAUCGUGCAGGAGGAAGGAGGCCUGAUGGAGAAGCCGAUCGAGCAGGAAGAAGAGAUACCUUCUCUCGCUUCGUCUACGACUUUCACCGCUCGCCGACGUCCCGGGUCGCCUGCAACAGCUUCGUUUACUGAGGCGCAACGCGAAGAUCAAGGGAGCCAAGCAGCUGCCGAAUCCGAGGCUGAGCAGGCAAAGGAUGAGGGCGACCCGCAACAGGAGCCCGCCAACAAGAAGAAGCCCGCAGCCAAGCGAGCGAAAAGAGGCGCGGCGGCCAAGCGCAAGAAGCAAGAGAAGGCCUCAGCUGCCGCCGCAGUCCAAGUCAAGGACGUCGACAAUGCGGCGGAGAAGUGCCCUCCACCAGUCGCCUCUUCUGCUCCACAGCGAAGAAAGGGAGUUGCUCAGCCUUCUCGCCGCUCAAACCGUGGGGCUACUUGUGCCGCCACGGCCGCCUCGAUCUCUUUGGCUUUCGCAUCAUCGCCAGCCAUGGAGGCUGAGAGCCAAGAAAGCGUUGUAGCUCCGCCCUCGCUCGAGCACGAGAAGGACAACGAGAUGCACAUCGACGUCGAUGACGAGGCGGCUCUUGUCGCAUCAUCCCUCGCGUCGCAGCCCAAAGGCAUGCCUGAUGAGGCAUCCAUCGGCGACGCCACAGCUGAUGCCUGCAAGGCGCCGGCGAAGCGCGGCCGCAAGCCGAAGAGUAGCACGAGCAAAACCGCGGCGCAGAAGGCUGCGGGAAAGAGGGUUAGCCCUGUCAAGACUAGAAAGAGGGGCGAGAAGGCUACUACGUUCUCCGCGGCAAGCCAGCGCGAGGAGCGGUCAAGGAGCGAGGAGGAAGUCAUGCUCGCCGCUGAGGCUGCAGUGGAGGAGAUUGAGGUGUCGCGUGGCAGUGGCAGCGGGAGCGGUAGCAAGAAGACCUCCCCCUCGAGGUGGGGAGGCAUGGCUGCUGCGGUCAGGUCGCUGCUUUCGUGAUGCGGCACGAACCAGAGCGGCGGAGCAAGGCUCGGAGAAGUGUCGAUCUCAAAUACUCAGCAUUCAUCAGCCUUCGAAUCUCUAUUCUCAUAUGCUGUCGUUGCUCUUUUUGCGAAAUGCAAUAUCAUUCACAUCCCGCGAUCCCCUCGCCUGACAUGACAUCUAUGGCCCACUGAGCUGUCCUCUCUCCCACUCCCUCCACCAGCUGACCUCACGCAUCGUCCUACUCGAGGCUCUCCCCUUGUGCAGAAGCUUUGCGCCCUCACCAGCGUUCGCAGCGG